GAGUCUAUUGAAGAAGAAGACGGAUUCGUUCGCAUAUCACAAGCCAUUCAAGCGUACAAUUGGCCCAAUAGUUCACUCAAAGAGUGUCCAUCAUAUCAUCCGUCGACAAAAUUCAAAGAUCUCUUAGACAACGAUACCAUAGAAAGUAUUGGCGAGAAUUCAUCGCAAUUGAAAGAGAGUGACAACGAAACCGACGAUUUCGACCAUUUAUUUGACAAAUUUAGUGAAAUUAAAUUGAAAUCAUCGCAAAUGAACGAAACGGAUAGAAAACAAUACGCAGAAGACAUGACAAUCGCUUUCUGGAAAGCUAUCGGCGGCGAUGAAGAAGAGAUCAAAGGCUUGGACUCAUCUUUCAAUUGAAAUUUGUAUAAAUAAUAGUUUAUUAAAAUAUUUGUAAUAUAAUUGCGAGAAAUUGUUUUUAUAAUUUAUAAUUCAAAUGAUUUAAUC